AUGACCGUGGUAGAUAGACCGCUCGAUGUACUGAUUGUUGGCGCCGGUAUUUCUGGCCUCUGCGCGGCGAUUAGUCUUGGAAAGCAAGGACAUCGCGUUGUGAUUGUGGAAAGAUCGGCUUUUAUCAAGGAGACUGGUGCUGCUAUUCAUCUCCCUCCUAAUAGUACUUCUUUACUGCGCUGGAUGGGGAUUGAUCCAGCUGAUUUCGGAGGCACACUUCUCCGCGAGAUCCAUCGGUACACCUCAGAGGGAGAUCUUAAGUUCAAGAAGGACUAUGACGAUAUUCGUCACCUUUGGCAAGCGGAAUAUUAUCUUGUUCACCGAAUCGAUUUGCACAACCAUCUCAAGAAACGCGCUCUGGAAACGGCGACCCUUCAUACAAGUUGCAGGAUCAUAACGAUCAAUGCCGAAUCUGACCGGCCAUCGGUCACAUUGGCAGAUGGGCGCUCGUUUGAAGCUGACGUCCUUCUAGGUGCUGAUGGAAUACAUUCCCAAACCCGAGGAGCAAUUGCGCCAGAAGCACCGGCUCCAUACCCAGUGGGGAAAUCGUGUUUUCGAUGGCUGCUUCCCAUCGAUCAAUUGAAAGAGUAUGAGUCAACUCAGGCGUUUGUUGGCAGACCAGGUGUAUUCAUCGAGUGGGCCGCUGAGGACCGCCGGCUUGUUGCGUAUCCUUGCGGUGAUAGCAAGAUAUUCAACCUGUGCGCCUUUAUGCCUUCUAAUGAAAGUAAAUCCAACAUACAGGUCAACAGCUGGCAAGCGGUUGGCGACAAAUCAGUCAUCGCCAGUGCCUUCUCCCGGUUCUGUCCCGGCGUCCAGAAAAUCAUCGAUAGUGCAGAGGACCUCAAAAUGUGGGACAUGUAUGACAUGAAGGCCCUGCCGGCGUGGGUCUCCAAUAAUACGGCGCUUAUAGGCGAUUCAGCACAUCCAUUCCAGCCGUACUUGGGCCAGGGAGGAGCUAUGGCAAUUGAAGAUGCGAUCGAAAUCGCUACGUUGCUUCCUAUGGGAACUCAAGUGGUAGAUAUCCCCAGACGUCUCGAGAUAUACCAGGCAUCUCGUCAACCACGGGUGAAUAUGGUCCUCGAUUUCACGCGGUUGAACGGCCGCGAUCAAAAUGAUCCCACAGGCGCCCGAAUUACACCGGCUGAUAUGGUUAAUUUCAUGGGAAUCUGCUUCUCGUAUAACGCGAUCGAGCACUCAAAGAGCCUUCUAAAGACGGAGUCGGUGAAAUGA